ACUGUCAGUGUCAGUUUGUUUACGUUUUUUGUUGUGCUUUCCCAAGAGCUCUGUGCUUUUCCGCAUUUUCUCUAGUUUCCUGCUCAUAAAAUAAAAUUUCCGUGAUGUCAGACGAUAGUUCAAGUGAUUCCAAACCAGAAGAACAAGAAGUUCCAGAAGCCCCAGUUAAGAGACGAAAAUUGGAUCAUGAAGAUCUCUUCCUGGCGGAUCUUCCCAAUUCUGAUUCCUAUGAAAAGAGCUACAUGCACCGGGAUAUCAUUACUCAUGUUGUGACCACCAAGACGGAUUUUAUCGUCACAGCAAGUGUAGAUGGGCAUAUAAAGUUCUGGAAGAAGAUGGAAGAAGGAAUUGAGUUUGUCAAGCACUUCCGGAGCCAUUUGAACGCCAUCACUAGUGUUUCCGUGGACUGUCAGGGGAAUCUUCUGUGUACUGCAUCCGUGGAUAAAAGCAUCAAAGUUUACGAUGUUAUCAAUUUUGACAUGAUAAAUAUGAUUAAAGUGAAUUAUGUUCCCAAAUGUACAGAGUGGACUUACUCAGGAUCUGAUGUUAUAGCCAGUUUAAUGGUAUCUGACUCAGAUUCCAACGCCAUCUAUGUGUAUGACGGCAAAGGUGACAACAAACUUUUACACACUUUUGACAAACUUCAUACAGCUCCUGUAAUAAUCCUAAGAUACAAUCCAGUCUUCGAAGUGGUAGUAUCCGUGGAUACUAAAGGCAUCCUGGAGUAUCGAACAGGUCCCAAAAGUGAAUAUUCCUUCCCCAGCAAAAUCGUAUCAUUCGAUUCUAAACUCGAUACAAGUCUCUUCGAAUUUGCCAAACAGAAAACUAUUGUUACAAGUUUAGAAUUCUCAGAAGAUGGCCGGAAAUUUGCAACACUCUCAUCCGAUCGGAUGGUUAGAGUGUUUGCCUUCCUCUCUGGACGUCUUCUGAGGGUAUAUGAUGAAUCUCUGGCAAGAUUUUCUGAACGACAUCAAGAACAUCCGACACUUCCAAAUAUGGAAUUCGGCCGCAGGAUGGCUAAUGAGAAAGAUCUUGAGAAAUCCGACAAACUCUCUCAGGCGAAUGUAGUUUUCGACCGAAGCGGACACUUUAUUCUGUAUUCAACGAUGCUAGGAGUAAAGCUGGUCAAUAUCGAUACUAAUAAGUGCGUUAAGAUUUUGGGAAGCAGUGAUAACAUCCGACCAUUGCAUAUUUCAUUGUAUCAGGGAAAAGUGAGGAGAACAAAGGGAGCCAUCACAAUGGAACAAGAAGCAUCGGAGAAUCCAACUCUUCAAUCGAUUGCAAAUGAUCCUACACUCUUCUCAACAGCCUACAAGAAGCAGAGAUUCUACAUGUACAGUCGACGAUCUCCAUUGUAUGUGCAAAACAGCGAUCGUGAUAUCUUCAACGAGAAGCCAUCCAAGGAAGAUAUUAUUUCCGUUUCUGACGCUCAAGGGAGUCAAAUUAUUUACGAUAAUGCCACAAUUCACACGACAAUGGGAGAUAUCUAUAUGAAAUUGUUUGGGAAUCAAUGCCCAAAAACCGUGGAGAACUUCUGUACUCACAGCAAGAAUGGCUACUACAAUGGUCAUAUCUUCCAUCGGGUGAUCAAAGGCUUCAUGAUUCAGACAGGAGAUCCUACGGGAACGGGAACUGGCGGGAAAUCAAUCUGGGGAUCAGAUUUUCAGGAUGAAUUUGUGGCGACGCUGAAGCACGAUAAGCCCUACACGGUCAGUAUGGCCAAUGCAGGACCAAAUACAAAUGGAAGUCAAUUCUUCAUCACUGUGCUGCCGACUCCGUGGCUGGACAACAAACAUACGGUUUUUGGGAGGGUUCUCAAGGGGAUGGAAGUUGUACAGAAUAUUUGCAAUGUCAAGACUAAUCCGAAAACUGACAAACCAUACGACGAUGUUAAGAUUGUAUCAGUAAAGCUACAUUAAAUGAUUCAUUUUAUUCAUAA